GCCGCCGCCGCCGCUAGAGACGCGCCAGCUGGAGAGACCAGAGGGAAGGCUGGGUCCGUAGAGCUCCGUUGGCCGCCGCCGCCGCCGCCGCGCCUCCCUCCGCUCAGGUCCAAGCAAGGCAGAGCCCGAGCAUCAGCGACGACGACGCCACUCCCGCCAUGCCCACUCUGAGUGAAAAUGUGCUUUUUGGAAUGGGAAAUCCUCUCCUUGACAUCUGUGCAGUUGUGGACAAGGACUUUCUUGACAAAUAUGGACUGAAACCAAAUGACCAGAUCUUGGCAGAGGAGAAACAUAAAGAGCUAUUUGAAGAACUUGUGAAAAAGUUCAAAGUAGAGUAUCAUGCUGGUGGAUCUACACAGAAUUCCGUUAAAGUGGCCCAGUGGAUGAUCCAGAUCCCUUACAAAGCUGCAACAUUUUUUGGGUGCAUUGGAACAGAUAAGUUUGGUGAGAUCCUGAAGAAGAAAACUGCAGAAGCUCAUGUGGACGCCCACUACUACGAGCAGAGUGAGGAGCCGACUGGGACCUGUGCUGCCUGCAUCACAAGUGACAACAGGUCUCUUGUUGCUAACCUGGCUGCUGCUAAUUGUUAUAAGAAGGAAAAGCAUCUUGAUAUGGAGAAGAACUGGAACUUGGUGGAAAAGGCUAGAGUUUAUUACAUAGCAGGCUUCUUUUUGACUGUGUCACCAGAAUCCAUAUUGAAAGUGGCUUCUCAGGCUUCUGCAAACAACAAGAUCUUCAGCUUGAAUCUUUCUGCACCGUUUAUUAGCCAAUUCUACAAGGAACCAAUGAUGGAAGUUCUGCCUUUUGUUGACAUCUUAUUUGGAAAUGAGAUGGAAGCUGCCACUUUUGCUAGAGAGCAAGGCUUUGAGACUGAAGAUAUUAAAGAGAUAGCCCGGAAGGCACAAGCCUUGCCCAAAGUGAACCUUAAAAGACAGCGAGUUGUUGUGUUCACCCAAGGGAAGGAUGACACUAUAAUGGCCACAGAAAAUGAAGUACAAACUUUCCCAGUCUUAAUUAGUGACCAGAGUGAGAUCGUUGACACCAAUGGAGCUGGAGAUGCAUUUGUGGGAGGUUUCCUCUCUCAGCUUGUCUAUGACCGGCCACUGACAGAAUGCAUCCGUGCUGGACACUAUGCUGCCAGUGUGAUCAUAAAGCGUUCUGGCUGCACUUUUCCAGAGAAACCUGACUUCCACUGAUGUUGGGCAACCCAAGGGAUGAAGAAGAGAUGCUGCCUACCUUCCCCCCCUCCCCUCUCCCCAGUUACCCUGCAUUGAGGCUUCUGUACUUCGAUUCACUUGUACCUUCCACACAUCUCUUGUUGUUUGAUGCCCCCUCCCUGUUUCCAACACAACAGUGUCUUGCAAGUCCUAAAUUAGAGACCAGGCUGACAGGCUCUUUUCAGCUUGGCACUUUGCAUCCUUAGUACAGUUUCUAGGAACAAUACUGUAUGAAACACCCACCACUGUUUAGCUGUAGCAUAACAUUUCUAGUAUGCCCCUAUAGUAUAUAACCCUGGUCAUUCCUGCUCACCUCAACCAGGUGAUAAAUCAUUAACAAGUUCAAGACUGAAUGAAUAGUUUUGCACUACUAUGAAAACUAAGUGUACAUAAGAGAGAAAAAAGUAUCCUCCUUGCUCCAGUGUGUUCUGGAUUCAUACACAUCUUGGGCUUAUAGUAAAUAGGAAUUUGCUCAGGAUUCAUGGGGCUGAUCCAGAAUUGUGUGGUCUGGUGCCAUCAUGCCGACUUUAGGAGAUUUGGAAGUAGGCUCUUGGGAGUUGGUGGGACCUUGAUCCUUAAUGUGUGUUGGAUUAAGGCUUGGGGGGUCUCAUUUCUUCCAGAGAAGGAUCAGGAUAUUCUUGGGAUGUAAAUAAAGACCAUAACAGGACACUUGCCAGUUGUGAGCUUGAGCUUGCAUCUCAUACUCUGUGUGUGUGUGUGUGUGUGUGAAAAUGAAGUACAGAAAUAUUCAUGCAGGUUGUCUCAUCAGGAUAAGCCAAAACAAUCUUUUAUUUCAACGCACAGUUUUAAGAUGAUAACGUACUUCAAAUAAAUGAGAAAUCUUCUUUAUUUGUAUUGCAGUAUUCAAGAGAGACAUUCUGAAAAUGCCAUUCAUUACUUUACUAUGUAAUUUGAUACUGAUAAAUAAAGCAAUUGUGAUAUAGGA